UAAGGUCACGGGGUCGGUCCUGUUUUUGAAGGGAGGGAUGAGCAUGACAGACACCCACACACUCAUAAUCAGUGAGUUGGGAGUGGGAAUAUUUCUUGUUCCUUACUGCGCUUUGGUUAUCAUCAUCUGAUCAUCAAAAUGACCUUGACUUGCAUGUUGUUGUAUUGAUUCGAGAUUGAAUACACCUCAACAUGGCCCACUCAAAACCGCCCCACCAUUCCUCCGCCAGUCCCGAGUUUGACCUCCCGUCCUUGAGCUCAGAACCAGAAAGUGAAGUCUUCUCUUCUGGGGUCGCAACAUCGCCUUCCUUCGAAAUCAUUGGAUCCUCUUCCAGUGGUAAUGUAAACAAGAAAAUGAAGACAGAGGGCGAGUUUAACCAAGAAGGUCCUGGUGAUGAGGUGCAUCGUUCCAUAAGCGUACAAGAUCAACUUAUGACAGGAAGAAAGGUGGCACAACGUCCCAGUAUAGAGAGAUCGGAGAGCUUGAUGUCCCUUACAGAUGCAUUGAAAAAACAGAAUAUUGUUGACGAAGAAAUAACACAAGCAGUGGCAGGAUGUGAUGAUGAAAAAUUUGUAACAGUUCGGGAGAAAGUUAGCAAAUUGAAGAAAGAGUGUUGUCCAAAGCACCGGAGGCGAAGCACUACCCCUGAAAAGAAGGAACUUCGCCGGAGCCUAAAAAAGAAAUGUAAGGAAUGUAAAGAUUGUGUGGCAAAGCAUUUGGAAGCAAUGCAGAUUUCACAAGAAGAUACCAGCGAACAACUUGAUGAACUAGAGAAGCUGAAAGUAGAAAAUAUGAAGCUUAAGAGUCAGUUGCACAAGGUUUUUGAGGCUAACAUGAAGUGGCAGGUAUACGACAGCCAGAGAGACCACUACGUGGCCACCUUGAUGGAGCAACUAGAAGACCUAAAGGAAAAACUGCAACAAGCCAAGUCAAGCACAAACCUGGAUGAAGCAGCCCAGAGAGAGAUUGACAAGAUUUUGUUGGCUUCCAAAGAUAAAGUGACUGCCAUUGAAGAAGAGAAAAUACAGCUAGAAGAUGACCUGAGAAAAUUCAAGCAACUUUGUGAGCAGAAGGAACAGAGGAUACGCCAGUUGGAGGCACAGUUACGUGAACGCCAAGGUGGAGACAAAGACGUUGUGGAGGCUCUCAAACAACAGAUCUUGCUCUGUACUGAAGAUUUUGAAGCCGAGAGAAGAGACCGAGAGAGGGCUCAGGGAAAGAUUUUUGACUUAGAAACAGAGCUUCAACUUCUACGGAGACAGUUGGAGAUGUAUGAAGGGGAAGCCGUUCAGAGCAUGAACAGUCGGAGGCAGGCUGCACUGGAGGGACAUACAUAUUGUCCAGGUCGCACUGUUCCAGAUGAUUAUGACCUGGAGGAAGACAUGGAUGAAGUUGACAGCCUCACCUCUGCCAAAGAGUAGCAUUUAAUGUUAAACCAGUACACCAACUGGGGAUGGGCAAUGGUAGCGCACUUGCCCCUCUCCAAGAGAUUUUAAAGAGAAAUUUGUGCUGAAAAUUCACAAAAUGUAACUUUUCGUUUCUCCCAAACCAUCAGAUGUGGCUUACUUAUUCUUCAAUCAAUAUAUAUCUGAGUACAACAGGUGGUACACAUAUCCUGCUUGUGUGUAUUGAAUGUAUUGUGUGCCGUCAAGAGAUGCCCCCAAGCAUUGUUCUCCACCUCUUAUUACCUGUAUACAGCUCUACUGUUAAGAAUGCUGUGAAUGCUGAACUGCUACAUUCCAAGGCAAGAAACAUGCACAUGUGACGGGUCUAUGCCCUGAGAAGCCCAGAAUGCACCUUGGACAUUCAAAUA